AUGCAUGAUGAGAUGUGGGACGUAAUAACUGAUGGACCCAUUCAGAUACUACAAGUUAACCCCAAUCGUGUUGCCACCGAUCCAACUUCACCAGAGAUGAUACCAAAGGAGAAAUCCUUACUUACUACUGAAGAGAGAACUCGAGUAAAUCUUGACAAUAUAGCGAAGGAUAUACUCUACAAAGCUCUGGACGAAUCAUUGUUUCCAAGAGUGAGAAAGUGCAAAACCGCUAAAGACAUCUGGGAUGUGCUUAUGCUGAUAGGUGAUGGAGAUGAGCAAGAAAAGGAGAACAAGCUAACCAUUGCCAUGAAGAAGUUUGAAGAUUUCAAACUAAACCCGAAGGAGUCCAUAACUGAAAUGGAGGCUCGGUUCAUAAAGCUAUUAAUGGAGAUAAAUGAUCUUGAUGAGAAAAAGCUUGUUAGGAACAUAAUGUAUUAG